AUGGCAAUCGAUAUUCCCACCUUUGCCUCAACGCAGAUUUCGCUGCUGGCGGCGGAGCUCCAAGCUGAAGUGGACGAGACGUCGAUGUUAGUGUCGCUUCAUAGCCCGACUGCUCUCCAGCGCGCGGGGGUUGCGCUGACGAACCUGGCGGUUUUGUCGCAGAGGACGGGGUUGGGGGGGAAGACUGUUGUUGAGGUGGGGCCGGAUGGUGCGUUUAGUUGUUCGGGUGAUUUGCCCGAGCAUGGGAUUCGAAGUGGGGAUAUUGUCUUGCUGGCUGAGCAGCCGGCCGCCAGUGGGAAGAAGAGGGAGGUGAAGGAGUUGGAACGGAAGGGGGUUAAGGGGGUUGUGACGCGGGUGGGGAGGCAGGGUUUGGGGGUUGCUGUUGAGGAGGAUGGGGAGGGGGAGGUGGUGGGGGGGGAUAGGAGGGUUUGGAUUGUCAAGUUGGCUGAUGAGGUGACGUGGAAGAGGAUGAAUGGGACGAUGGAGAAGAUGGCCAAGAUGGCGGAGGGGGAGUACUCUUAUUUUAUGAGGGUUCUCUUUGGCCUGACCACACCUUCGCCUGUUCCAGAGGAUUUGAGCAAGGAUGAAGAGGUGGGAGAAGGAAAGAUAAAGUGGUUUGAUACCAGUUUGAACGAGUCGCAGAAGGAUGCUAUUAGGUUUGCGUUGAAGAGUCAGGAGAUUGCUCUUAUUCAUGGCCCGCCGGGGACAGGGAAAACCCACACCCUAAUCGAACUAAUUCUCCAACUCCUCGCCCUCAACCCCAAAUCCCGCAUCCUCGUCUGCGGCCCCUCCAAUAUCUCGGUAGACAACAUCGUUGAGCGCCUCUCCCCGCACAAAAUCCCCUUGAUCCGCCUCGGCCACCCCGCCCGUUUGCUGCCCUCCGUCCUGAACCACUCUCUCGACGUCUUGACUCGCACCAGCGAGGCGGGGGCCAUCGUCAAGGACGUCAGGGCCGAAAUGGACGCCAAGCAAGCGUCUAUUCGAAAAACCCGCUCCGGGAAGGAGAGGAAGGCCAUCUACGCUGAUUUGAAGGAGUUGCGCAAGGAGUAUAGACAGCGAGAGAAAAAGUGCGUGAGUGAUCUCGUUGCCAAAAGCAAAGUCGUGCUCGCAACGCUUCAUGGCUCAGGGGGGUACCAGUUACGAGACGAAAAGUUUGACGUGGUGAUUAUUGACGAGGCGUCGCAGGCGUUGGAGGCGCAGUGUUGGGUUGCCUUGCUGUCGGCUAAGAAGGCAAUCUGUGCUGGUGAUCAUUUGCAGUUGCCGCCGACUAUCAAAAGCUUGAACUCUUCUUCAAAGACUUCUUCUACCUCUGGGGAGAAGAAGACUGCAAAGACCAAGAAAGACACCGCCGCGAGCAGUACCCCCCCAACUAUCCCGAAAGGUGCCACGUUGGAAACGACAUUGUUCGACAGGCUCCUCUCCCUCCACGGGCCCAAAAUCAAAAGGAUGCUCACCACCCAGUACCGGAUGCACGAAUCUAUCAUGCGGUUCCCUUCUGAUGAGCUAUAUGAAGGGAAGCUGAUUGCUGCGGAGGGGGUCAAGGCUAGGUUGUUGAACCAGCUGCCUGAUGUGAGGGAUGUUGAUGAGACGAGGGAGCCGUUGGUUUUUAUUGAUACCCAGGGCGGGGAUUUUCCGGAGAAGACCGAGGAUGAGGAGGAGGAGGAGAAGAAGAAGAAGGGAGUGACGAAGAGGAGUUUGUAUGGGGAUAGUAAGAGGAAUGAGGGGGAGGCGAUGUUGGUGAGGGAGCACGUGAGAUGUUUGGUGGAGGACGGGGGGGUGAGGGCCGAGGAUGUGGCGGUUGUUAGUCCGUAUAAUGCGCAGCUCGCCCUCCUGGCCCCCCUCAAAGAGCAAUACCCCGGCAUAGAACUCGGCUCAGUCGACGGGUUCCAAGGCCGGGAAAAAGAAGCAGUGAUCGUCACGCUUGUGCGAAGCAACUCGGACGGAGAGGUCGGUUUCCUUGCCGAGAAGAGAAGACUCAACGUGGCCAUGACACGGCCAAAGAGGUCGUUGACUGUGAUUGGGGAUUCGGAGACGGUCAAGAAAGGCAGCAAAUUCCUCAAAAAGUGGAUGGAGUUCUUGGAAGAGAAUGCAGACUUGCGCUAUCCGGACCUUGCUUCUCUCACGGCUGCUGCAGCAGCUGCUGCGAAGGCAUGA